AGUGGAAUCUCCCCGGCGCAGCUCCCUGCGCCGGACUCGCGGAGCGGCACUGGGCAUGCUCAGUCGCCGGAUCCGUACUGGUCUCAAGUAGGAAGCUCGAGCGCUGCAUCCGCAGCUGAUCCGGGCGCUCCGCGGAGGGCGGGACUGGAGCAUAGCUGCCGGGCGUCGGAGCCUAGGCGAGCGUCGCGCGCACCGCGGACAUUGCCUUGGAUGUCAGCUGACCCUAAGUAGAAGCAGGGAGAGGGAACUGACCUGCAGGAGUUGCUACAGGUUGGAGCUGCUGUGGGUGAGCUGCUGCAGUCUGUAGCCAAGCAUGGUGUGGUCAGAUCUGCCCAGCCGUGGAACAGAAACAUUUGCUGGAUGGAAAAUCCAUAAAAGAAAGCUGCUGUGAAAGCCCGAGACAGACCAUAACUGAAGCAAAAUCAGGCUGGUAUAAGAUAUAUUUGGGCUGCCUGAAUUCAUUGAGUGAUUGCUAUUAAGUAACAAGACUUUGGAAAAAGGGAACUUGCCUUCUGAGCUUUGUACCAAAGACCUGGGAAGACUAACCAUCUCAUUCUUUCCUGAGUGCUUGGAAACUGCCGAGGACCUUGCUAAUGUGCUGACUGGUCGCUAUGGGCAGACGGGACCCGGAGGCUCACUGUCGUCCAGGCAGCUCGUCUGACUCAGGUGUAGACACUUUGGCGGUGUUUAUGGCCAGCAGCGGAACCACAGAUGUCACGAAUCGGAACAGCCUGGCCACACCACCAAAUACCCUUAACCUCCGUUCCUCACACAAUGAACUGUUGAACGCUGAAAUAAAACACACAGAAACCAAGAACAACACACCCCCAAAAUGCAGGAAAAAAUAUGCACUAACUAACAUCCAAGCGGCAAUGGGCCUCUCGGAUCCAGCGGCACAGCCCCUGCUGGGAAAUGGCUCUGCCAACAUCAAGCUGGUGAAAAAUGGGGAGAACCAGCUCCGGAAGGCUGCAGAGCAAGGGCAGCAGGACCCCAACAAAAACGUCAGCCCCACUGCAGUCAUCAACAUAACUUCUGAGAAGUUAGAAGGUAAAGAGCCCCUCCCACGGGAUUCCUCGGGCUGUGAAAUUUUACCCUCCCAACCCAGGAGAACCAAGAGCUUCCUAAAUUACUAUGCAGACCUGGAAACCUCAACCCGAGAACUAGAGCAGAACUUAGGCAGCCAGCAAGGGGUUGUGGAAGAGAAGUCCCAGCUGGGCCAGGGCCAGUCCUCCACCAUCACUGGGAAUGGCGAUUUGCUGCUGCAGAAACCAGACAAACCCCAGUGUAGCCCUGAAGAUGGCCAAGUAGCCACAGUGUCAUCCAGCCCAGAGACCAAGAAGGAUCAUCCUAAAACAGGGGCCAAAACUGAUUGUGCGCUACAUCGAAUCCAGAACCUGGCACCCAGUGAUGAGGAGUCCAGCUGGACCACUCUGUCCCAAGACAGCGCUUCACCCAGCUCCCCAGAUGAAACAGCAGAUAUAUGGAGUGAUCACUCAUUUCAGACCGAUCCAGAUUUGCCUCCUGGCUGGAAAAGAAUCAUCGACGUCGCUGGGACCUAUUACUGGCACAUCCCAACAGGGACGACUCAGUGGGAACGGCCUGUCUCCAGCCCAGCAGAUCUUCGGGGCUCUCGGAAAGGGUCACUUAGCUCUGUAACGCCAUCUCCCACUCCCGAGAAUGAGAAACAGCCAUGGAGUGAUUUUGCUGUUCUGAAUGGGGGAAAGAUUAAUAGUGACAUUUGGAAGGAUUUGCAUGCAGCCACAGUUAACCCGGACCCCAGUCUAAAGGAGUUUGAAGGAGCAACACUACGCUAUGCAUCUUUGAAACUCAGAAAUGCCCCACAUGCUGAUGAUGAAGAUUCUUGUAGUAUCAACAGUGACCCAGAAGCCAAGUGUUUUGCAGUGCGCUCUCUGGGAUGGGUAGAAAUGGCAGAGGAGGACCUCGCCCCUGGGAAGAGUAGUGUUGCUGUCAACAACUGCAUCAGGCAGCUAUCUUACUGCAAAAAUGACAUCCGGGAUACAGUCGGCAUUUGGGGAGAGGGAAAAGACAUGUACCUGAUCCUGGAGAACGCCAUGCUCAGCCUGGUGGACCCCAUGGACCGCUCUGUGCUCCACGCGCAGCCCAUCGUCAGCAUCCGCGUGUGGGGCGUGGGCCGCGACAACGGCCGAGAGAGAGACUUUGCUUAUGUAGCAAGAGACAAAGAUACAAGAAUUUUGAAAUGUCAUGUAUUUCGAUGUGACACACCAGCAAAAGCCAUUGCCACGAGCCUCCACGAAAUCUGUUCCAAGAUUAUGGCUGAAAGGAAGAAUGCCAAAGCCCUGGCCUGUAGAUCCUUACAGGAAAGAACCAAUGUGAAUCUCGACGUUCCCUUGCAAGUAGAUUUCCCAACGCCAAAGACGGAGCUGGUGCAGAAGUUCCACGUGCAGUACGUGGGCAUGUUGCCCGUCGACAAACCAGUCGGAAUGGAUACCCUCAACAAUGCCAUAGAAAGUCUCAUGACCUCAGCCAGCAAGGAGGAUUGGCUGUCAGUGAACAUGAAUGUGGCCGAUGCUACUGUGACUGUCAUCAGUGAAAAGAAUGAAGAAGAAAUCUUAGUGGAGUGUCGUGUGCGAUUCCUGUCCUUCAUGGGCGUCGGGAAGGAUGUCCACACAUUUGCCUUCAUCAUGGACACUGGGAACCAGCGCUUUGAGUGCCACGUUUUCUGGUGCGAGCCGAACGCCGCUAACGUGUCCGAGGCGGUGCAGGCCGCCUGCAUGUUACGAUACCAGAAGUGCUUGGUAGCGAGGCCGCCUUCACAGAAACUUCGACCACCUCCUCCGCCAGCAGACUCAGUGACCAGAAGAGUCACAACCAAUGUAAAACGAGGGGUCUUGUCCCUCAUUGACACUUUGAAACAGAAACGCCCUGUCACAGAAACGCCAUAGCUACAUAUGUUAAAGGAUUCUGUAAUAUUUACCUGAAGAUUGAAUAGCUACACUAAAGAUGAACUGAUAUCCGACCUUCCAUUCAGUUGCUGAUGCUUUGUCUUCAGAGAAUUUAUCCUUAACCAAACAGUGUUAGACAAGCAUGUUCUCUCGUCUUGCCACCAUCAUGUGAUAUGAAAAGAAGCAUGACUAAUUUUUUGCUGUCAGUAAGUUACAUCAUGAGCAGUGGAAGGUCUUUUUCUUAUUGUAAAUAUCGUGAACAUUACUUAACUUCACACACAGAAGAAUGUGGCCACACCCCUCCUAGUGAACUAAUGCUAAGUCCUUGGAGUGAAUGACACCUGAAUUAGUUUCACUGUCUUCUUGACCGGAUCUGUCACAAGCAACUUUGAAGUCCAACAGCACCUGGCCCUGUUUUCAGCAUUGGAGUAGACCCUGUAUACCAGAUACCAUUGAAAUGCCGUAAAAAUAGGAUGUUUUAGUUUUUCAUAAAAUGAACCUUUUGGUUGACAAAAUUGGCUCUUGGCAUCAGUAUAGAAACCAACUGACAGCUUUCCUUGAUGAGCUCUUUGACACAUGGACACCAUUUCAUGUCUACAGCUGUUUGUGGGAUGUUGCAGGGGGAAAAAAAGUGAAACUUCAAAAUUGAAAAACCAAAUUUCAGAAAUUAAAAUCGAAAAAAUUAGCCUUUUUUCCCAGAUGGUUUUCAAACUGAUUAAGAGAAAGAGAUUAUCAAAAUCAUAAUGCAUUUGGGUGGGACAUAUUCAAACUUCUGCCUUAUAUUGUACAGUGCAGCUAGAGAAUUAUAGUUCACUAUGGCCAUUCUCUACAUAAACAUUAAAAUGGAAUAUUCCUCAUAAGCCUUUCGUCCUUAGUUUGCUAAUUAGCAAAUAUGCAAUUUGGAGUUGAGGAAAUGUCAUUUAUAUUUCACAUCUUCACCACCAUGUUUUGUUAGUCCAAGUCCACCUCCGAAGUAAACAUUCUGCUAGGAUUCUCGGAGAUCUAGCUCAAUCUCGGCUAUCUAGCUCAAUCUUACUUUACCCUAAUGCUUUUUGCCCAGAAAGCUGUCUGUCCAUCAUGUAUUGUCCAUGGCAACAAAUUAUAUUAAAUUGAACCUUUCUUGAAUUUAUGUAUUUAGUAUUAGACUUUGUUGGACUCCACUAGAGUUAUUUUAAAAUCUAUAUUGUUUUCCAUUUUAUUUUCAAGAGUUAAAAAUUUCCUAUCACAGCAAAAUAUGCAUAAAACAAUGGACUAUUUAACAAUUUCCCCAAAAAUAGCACUUUCCUGCUUCUCUCUCUAUAAAUAUGAAACUUAGCUGUAAAAAUUCACAUAUUUAGACCCUUGUUGACAUUGUUUUAAAAGGAAUUUACUAAGGAGAUCAAUCUAAACAUUAGUGUUGUUUUUUAAUGUCAAAAUUAACAUUUUACAACACCUAGUAAUAAAAGUAACUGCUUUAUUCACUGCUAUGUACUUGUCAAAUGGUUUCCACAUUCUUGUCACAUUUGAGCCUUAUAUGGGAGAGAAGGUACUAAAUGUAUCUGAGAAAAGUAGGAAGUACCAGGAGGCUCAGUCACCCAGCCUAAGAUCUCACAAAAGUUAAUGAAAAAACCAGAAUCAGGACCCACGCUUCCCAACUCCCAGUUACAAGUUACGUUUCCACACCAGUCGGGAAGUCUUUCCAAAAUUACUCUGGGCAUAUCCAGUUGUCAGGAAAUCUUAGAAUUCCCUGGAUAAGUAGCGAAAUGUAUUCAAAUUACUCACACAGUGGUAUGAAUGAUAAACCUUGCCUUCUCUCUGUCCAGGACUGUUUCCCUGCAGUGCCUCAAACUUGUUACAGAGGACAGGAUUCCACGUGCAGUACCGCCUGUUCAACCAGCCAGGUUUUCCAGGGAUGAUGUUACGUGGUAGAUUUCUGAUUCAUGAUACUAGGCUACCAGAGAACAUGAUGGAAUGAGUAGGUGGCCUCCUGCCUCUGUUCUCUCAGAAUUUUGGAAUUGUUGCUAGCACCUUAGUGUUAGGACAAAAAAGAUGCCACUCUAGAAAUGAGUUCUACUGCUCACCAGCUUAUGUACCUCUAUCCGAAGUAACCAAUACCAUCUUAAAGUAUUGCAUUAAGAAAUUCCUUCCUGUGCCCUUUGAAAGCUGUUCAAAAUUCAAUCAUGAUCUUUCAUCUUGAUCUCCACAGUGAAAUGUUUCAGUGUAAUACACUUCAAAAUUCGGAACAAGUAGUCCACUUUUAUAUUGGAAAUCUCUACCAGAACCCCCUGUUUAUUUUUAAGGCAUAUGUUUGUUUGUUUUCAGGAUCAAGAAUACUGAACUAGCUUUAAGUAGCAAACUGAUUUAUAUAUGCAAUUAUAGGAUACUUUAGGAUGAAUGAUAGCCUUUAUGUAUUGAAAACUUUACUGCAGAUACUUUGUUUUGAAGAUAGCUUUGCAUACUAAAUGCGAUUAAUUUUGUAGAAUUAAUUAUGUUAAACAGUACGUUCAGACACAUUCUGCCAUGGCCAAAAAGUAUGUAUGAAAGUAUGUGUGUAUUUUUCUGUGAAAGGGUGCCAGUGUUUUACCUGAUAUUGUAGUGACACUUCAGUUACCUAUGCAUUCUUUGUAUCUGUGACUCGGUAAACAGGCAGCCAUGUUCACUAUGCCUUGUAUGUCUUACCAUUUUUUAAUCAACCUGUUAAAUACAGCUUAAAAUAUUUUUAUUUUAUUUAUUCUAUUUUUACGGAAAUAUACUGCAUUAUUGUGUUAAUGUGUUAUCUUCCCUGGAUAUUAUCUCACACUGUAUCCAGGUCUAAGUAAUCUCAGUGAACUAUAUACAUUGCCUAAAAGGUGGUUUUGUAAUGACUUGUAGUCACAUUUUAUUAGAGUAUGUAGAAGAAAAGGCAAAAUGCUUCAAGUUCCCUUUGGUUUUUGAAAGCUACACAGCCCCAGACCCGCCGCCUCGUCUGUGUGCUCCUGGGCAGCGUCAAGGGGAACGGCCAACAUGCCUGUGGCUAAAAGUUUUCCUUUGCAAACGGAAGCACCGUUUCUAUAUCCUUCACAACAGUGUGAUCGCAUCUAAAGGAGAGACACAAGUUGUUUGUUUCCACCCGUAGCUAAUGAGGACCAUUAUUUUUGUUUGUGUCUGUCUGAUGCAUGAAGCCACGUUAGGCUCAUUUCCAUUAAAAUAAGUUCUUGGUGUAAAUUGUUGGCACUGCUACUUCUUAAAAAAAUCCACUUUAUGAUUUUAUGAUGGGCACUGGUGAGACGAUUCUACAGAAGGUAGUUUACUAGAAGCCCUAAAUCUUUCCUCCUUUUCUUGUAUGACACACUCGUUUCAUAAGCAUUGCAACACAAAUUCAAGAUUUUAAGAACAUGAAAAAAAUAAUUCUCUGAUGUUAGCACAAUUUAACUAGUAAAACCAUUCGCUCUCCAGUGUGCCAGGCUUACUUAACCUAAUACACAGCUUGACAUGUGUUACACGGCCAGUAAAAUGAAGUUUAAUUUAUUUCAGCUUCAGGGAAAAAAUACUGUUCACUCUUUAUCGAUGAGAGCACCCCCUGCCAUCCAAAGCAGUUUGUUUAUCCUGAAAGAACAUUUGGUUUUGCUUUCUGCCCCUUUUGCUGUUGUCCACUUUUA